AUGGUGUCUCCACAAGUGAGGAGUCUCGGUGAUUAUGACUCGAGCAUUCCUGUAGGGCCGUUUAAUCACAUUCCCGCAGCAGACCAGGAGGGCUCACCGCUGCUGCUCGAGAAACAGGCUGCUAUAUUCAACGAUCCAACUACUCUCAUUAUCAUAACUCGUAAUAAGAAUGAUAACACUGUGGCCUACAGGAUGAAAUUCGAUGAGAACGGCGUUCGUGACCAGCACGAGUCGGUUCAUGGUUUUUGGGUGAGAUUCAGCGAUCAUCCGGAAGUCGCCGAUCCAGAGAAGCUCCACAAAGAACUGGGCUUUUUCGAGAGCAAGUUGGCCUAUGGUUGUUACUCGAAACAGAUGGAUAAGUCCGAUGAGGCUCUCAGGAGUACUGGUCUCAACCAUCUCGGUACUGAUGACGAUACAUUCCUGCUCACUCUCCAUGCAGUGAAGUCGCUCCCAUUGACGGUCAUUAAGGGGAAGGAUGGCAAAUAUCGGGCUACUGCCUUUAAGCGUGGUAAACAGCUCGUAGUGUAUCGUAUAUAUGUCUAUGCCCAAGAGCAUAAGUGGAAUCCAAUCCCAACGGUGAAGUAUGUCAAUAUACACGGUAUCGACCCUAAUACCGGCGAGGAGAUCAUUGAACAGAUGAACCCGUCUAUGAUAUAA